AUGCAUCUGAUGUUCACUUUGGGGCCAGAUGGCAAGAGGAUCUAUACUUUGAAGAAGACCACCGCUGAAGGUGAAAUCACAAAAUCUGCUCACCCAGCAAGAUUCUCACCUGACGACAAGUACUCCAGACAGAGAGUAACUUUGAAGAAGAGAUUCGGCUUAUUGCCUACCCAAUAG